UAAAAUCAUAUCAAGUCCAGCCCAAAUCCGUAAAAAUCCCAAUACUUCACAUUUACCUUCAGUUCACUGUAAUCCUAAGACCCUAACACUUCACCAUCAUCAUCAGUUCACUUCACCUUCAUCCCUAAUACUUGACCCAUCAAUUCUACUUCACGCCUAAGUAACUAUAAAUGGAAUUGACAACUUGGGUAUUCUUGGUACAAGAAUCUUGGGAAUAUCAAAGCAAGGACUUCACCCAAAAUUCUGUAGAUCACGAAUCUAAAAAAGGAUUAAGCUUCAGUGCAGUUGUGCGGCGAGCUGCAUCAGUUGCGUCAGAGGCAGCAAAGCAUGCAUACGCUGCUGCUUCUGCUACCCGAGAUGAAGGAAUGAUCCCCUUAAAGUGCUGCUUGAUGUCUAUAUCAUUACCUUGGGAACAUAUUGCUCAUGAUCUUUUGUUCAAGGUGAGAGCUAUUUCAAUUAGUACAUUAUUGUUCCUUCCUUCAGAUCAACCUGUUUGGUUAUUUUUUUCACUGGAGCUCCUUUCAUGAGUAGUUCUGAUGGCCUGUUGUUACUAAUUACAUUGACCCCUUGCAUAGUAUACUUGCAUUCUAAUAGACUAAUACAGUGGACUUCGACUUCAAUAUGGUAUUACCGAAUACCGUACCGAACCGAAGUUUAAUUUACCGAUUACCGAACCGAAGUUUGAAAGUUCGGUAUUUGGUAUAUACCUUGAAUUACCGAAUACCGAAUUACCGAACCCGAACUUUGAAAAUACCGAACCGAAUACCCAACGCCCAGCCC